CUCCCUUAUCGCUCACCAUUCCCCUCGAUUCUACAGCCAUACUCCUCAAUCACUCUGCACCUUACUAUUGAGUCGAGACAGUCCAUGGACAACAGCCCACAACCUCACCAGCCGUCAACAGGCCCAAUACCAACCCAUCAAGCCCAACCCACCGAGCGUCUGAACCUCAUCCGCAACCAGCUCAACAACCACACCCAACACUCCUCCUCCCCACCCUCCUCCUCCCAGACCCAAACAAAACCAACAAAUCCAACCCCCAAAUUCCCAACAGCAACAAUGUCCCGCGAUCCGAUUACCUGCCACGUCCUCAACACCCUCACCGGCACGCCCGCCGCCAACCUCCCCGUGACGCUGACGCUCCUCUCCAGCAGCACGGGCAGUGCAGCCACAGAAGAGACCCCCACGUUCCGCGCGAUCACCAACGCCGACGGCCGCGUUGCGAAUUGGGAACCCCUACCCACCACCACGGCCUCGUCGCACCAAGCACAAUCCGUCCCGGCGAUCUUGGCCGCGCUCCCCGCGCCCGACAGCAAGACCAACUGGGCGGUGCGCUUCGAGGUGGGCCCCUGGUAUGAGGCCCAGGGGGUGGAGAGCUUCUGGCCCGAGGUCGAGGUCAAGUUCACCGUCAAGGGGCGGGGCAAGGAGGGCGAGGAAGGGUGGCGCCAUUACCAUGUGCCUGUGUUGUUGGGGCCGUGGAAUUACUCGACGUAUCGGGGGUCUUGAGGGAUGUACAUACGGUACCUGUAUUGGAGGGCUGAUGUGUUGAGGAGAUACUUGGAUGGCAGUUUUGAAGGCUAAAAUAUGACUCGAAUAAUGGUGUUGGUACUGUAGUGUGUCCGUCGGAUAUAGAAUUGGUUUUCAGUGCUGUGAGACAUUAUGAGCAUUAUGCUGUUAGAGAUUGUGUUGUGAUGUGGC